GAAGAAGAGAGAGAGAGAGAGAGACACACACACAAAAACAAGGGACCAAAGCAAGAAAGAAAGAAAGAAAGGGAGUUUAAAGAAAGAAAUGGGAAGUACAAUCCCAUUAUUCAAAGAACAAUCCUUGUUUGUAAUCACCAAGAAGCUUCUUCCAUGGACACUCUAUGCUUUGCUUCCAUUAGCUCUACUUCGCUUGUACUUCUACCCUUUACCCCUUCCUCCUUCCCCAGAAACUGAACUUCCCCAUUCAUCAACCCCCAUCACCAUAGCUACCCACUCUUCUCUUUCUUCUUCAACCCCUCCUCCUCUUUCUUCACCUUCAUCAACUUCAGAAAAGGAAAAAGGUGGUGAUGAUGAAACAUCAUGCGACUACUUCAAUGGAGAAUGGGUCCGUGAUUUGAGAGGCCCUUUGUACAAUGGAAGCACAUGCAGCACCAUUAAAGAAGGCCAGAAUUGCAUCAAACAUGGAAGACCUGACUCAGGGUACCUUCAUUGGAGAUGGAAGCCAAGCCAAUGCAAUCUUCCAAGGUUUGAUCCUAAUGCUUUUCUCCAACUUGUUAGAAACAAGCACAUAGCUUUUGUUGGUGAUUCAAUGGCUAGGAACCAGUUAGAGUCCCUUCUUUGCAUGUUAUCUACUGUUUCGGAACCUAACCUUGUAUACCGCAAUGGAGAGGAUAAUAAAUUCCGGAAAUGGCAUUUUGUUUCCCACAAUGCAAGUGUGUCUGUGUAUUGGUCACCUUUUCUUGUUCAUGGUGUUGAGAAAUCUAGUUCAGGGCCUAAUCAUAAUGUGUUGCAUUUGGACCGUGUUGAUGAGAGGUGGGGUAAGGAUAUGGACCGAAUCGACUUGAUGGUGCUUUCGAUCGGUCAUUGGUUCUUGCAUCCAGCUGUUUAUUACGAGGGCGAUUCAGUUCUCGGAUGCCAUUAUUGUCCCGGUCUUAAUCACACUGAAAUUGGGUUCUAUGAUGUAUUGAGGAAGGCUUUGAGGACUACACUUAGUAGCAUAAUUGAGAGGAGAGGUGGUGGUAGGGAAAAUAAUAAUGGGAUUGAUGUGAUUGUGACAACUUUUUCGCCGGCACAUUUCGAGGGUGAGUGGGAUAAGGCCGGGGCUUGUCCGAAGACUAAGCCAUUUAGGAACAGGGAGAAAGAGCUUGAAGGGAUGGAUGCCGAUGUGAGGAAGAUUGAGAUUGAAGAAGUGGAAGAUGCUGAGGACACCCUGGUCCUUACAUGUACCCUUUUCCAUUUGCUAAUGGGGUUCAAGAGCGAGUUCAAAAUGAUUGUGUUCAUUGGUGCUUGCCGGGGCCUAUAGAUACAUGGAAUGAGAUCUUUCUCGAGAUGAUGAAGAAGUGGGAGCGAACGACCGUGCGCGUGGAGUGAAUGAAAGCCGAGGUACUUCCUCUGCUUCAAAAUAACAUUAAUUUGGAUAAAAUUAUACAUUGAACUUUCAAUGUACUGCUUUAUCUAGGUUGAUUGUUAUUAUGAAACAGAGUAAUUUUUUUCCCGUAUCUUGUUAAUUUUAGUAGUGUUUUUUUAUUAUUUUAAAUUUUUUAAUAUGUUAUUGUAUUUAUCACUUGAAUGUUAGAUAUUGAAUUGGGAAGGAUCAAUUUUGUUGUUGGUAGAAAGAACAAAGAACAAAUAAGGGAUUCUUUUGUAUUUGGUAAAGAGAAAUUUUAAUGAAUUAGGGAGUGGUUGGUUUACUCUUCUAUACUUUGUUGGGGCUAUGUUCUUCCAUGAUGGAAAAAGCACUAUCUAUUGAUAGAGAAAUGGAGAAUGACAAAUUAAUAAGGGUGUGCAAAGCA